CAGGUUUGCGCAUUAGUAGCGAUGUUGUUACUUUAUUUUUUUAUCGUUCUGUUUGUAAAUAAUUCUUACGCAGCUAAACCGAAAAAUGUGAUUAUUAUUGUGGCAGACGAUCUAGGCUUCAAUGACGUCAGUUAUCGAGGAAGUACGGAAAUACCUACAUAUAAUAUUGAUGCUUUAGCUUACAAUGGAAUUAUUUUGAACAAUUAUAGAACACCACCAUUAUGUACGCCAAGUAGAAGUUCACUUAUGACUGGCAAGUACCCUCAUCAUUUAGGAAUGCAACAUUUUGUUAUCCCAAGCGAUGAACCUUGGGGGCUUUCACCUUCAGAGAAGAUCAUGCCUCAAUAUUUUAAAGAUGCCGGUUAUGUGACGAGAAUGGUUGGGAAAUGGCACUUAGGAUUCUUUGAAGAACAAUACACCCCGAACAAUCGUGGAUAUGAUUCAUUCUUUGGAUACUUGGGACCUUAUAUCGACUACUGGGACUAUACACUUAAUAUGUUUGAUAGAAACUUUUCUCGAGGCUAUGAUAUGAGAGAAAAUCAAACUAUAAACAGGAACAUCCCACCAAAUAAGUACGCAACAGAAUUGUUUACAGAAGAAGCAGUAAAAGUGAUAACAACUCAUGAUAAAAAGAAACCGCUAUUUUUAGUCGUAAAUCAUUUGGCACCUCACGCUGGAAACGAAGAUGUUCCCAUGCAAGCGAAACAGGAAGACAUCGACAAGUUCAGCUAUAUUGAAGAUAUUAAACGAAGGACACUUGCAGCCAUGAUAUAUCAACUAGAUAAGAGUGUUGGAGAGAUUGUUAAAGCCUUGAAAGAUAACAAUCAUCUAGAUGAUUCUAUUCUAAUAUUUUAUUCUGAUAAUGGAGGACCCACAACUGGAAUUCAUUCUACAGCUGCCUCAAAUUAUCCAUUAAGAGGACAAAAGCAGUCUGGAUGGGAAGGUGCAAUCAGAACAAAUGCAAUCGUUUAUGCUCCAUCAUUACCAAAAGCUGUUGUUAGGAAUAACUUGUUCUAUAUUGCAGACUGGCUGCCAACCUUAAAAACAAUCGCUGGAGCCAACUUUAAGAUUAAUACUAAGAUUGAUGGAAUCGACCAAACCAAAAUGUUGUAUAAUAAUCGAGAAUUAAGGAAUGAAUUGGUGACUAUUGACGAUGUUUUUGGUUUUGGAUCAUACAUUUUUAAUGGAUUGAAAUUAGUUAAUGGAUCAAGCUCAAAUGGUCAAUUUGAUAGCUGGCUAGGGUCCAAUAAUAAUACGAACGCUGUGGAUGAUAAGGCUUACAUGGAGAAUCUUUUAUUGUCUCCUGUUGCCAAAUCUAUUAAACCACCUAUAACGUUAAGGAAUAUCGAUAGAAUGAGAAGUUCUGCCAAAAUAUGCUGUACAAAAGAGAAAAAUAAACAGUCUUGUGACUUGCUUAAAGGUCCUUGCCUUUAUAACUUGAAUGAUGAUCCAUGUGAAGAGAAUAAUAUCGCAAAUAGGAACAAAAUUCUGUUCAGUUUCAUGCUGUUGAAAUACAAAAAUAGUCUUGCCGAUUUAGUUCCAACUAGACGAAAGCAAUCUGAUCCAAAAUGUGAUCCAGUUCACUUCAAUUAUACUUGGAAUGCAUGGCAGCAAAAUUCUUAGUGGUUUCAAAAAAAAUGUUGCGUUUUAUUUAAUUAAAUAUGAGCAGUAAAUUUACUAUGUAAAUAAAGGAUUACAAUUCAGUAUGAAUGUUUUGUUGAAUGAAUUCUGUUGGAUGAAUAAAGAUUCCUUCAACUGAUUGCCAUUCACUUCCAGUUCCUCCCGAAUUAAGUCCAACAAUUUCCAUCUGACCAGAAAUUGGACGUCCAAAGGAUCUUCCUGAUGCACCUAAGAAUUUUCUUGUAUCAACAUGUCUUAAUUGAACUUUCAAGUCACGUAGCCAUUCUUCUCCGUAGCAUAUAACUUCCCAGUGAUCGCCAGUAUCUCCUUCACCAGUUUCAUCACCAUAAGCUGACACUUCUUGAUUUCCAGAUAAUGGUGAAUUGAAGAAAUGGGAAUGUAAGUUCUUUUUUGUUUCAAGAUGCUGCAGUCUUAUCGUAUCUCCACAUUUAACGACUGUACCACGAUCACAGACGAUGUUUGUUUUGCCUUUAAUCACCCAAUGUGAGUUAACGUCAUCGGAAUUUUCAACACCGGUUACACUCUG